AUGUCGUGGUUACGUUAUGCAAGUUUCCGACGAGUGUUUUCGCGUCUGUAUGCUAUGUUUGAUCCUAUUGACUUAGUCACGGGCCUUGAAAAACGGGAACUUACCGCUCACCUUGCGGGAAACUGCGAUCCAUUCUAUAUAAGACCAAUCAAGAAAGGUCCAGGAACUUUUCGUCGUCCAAACUUGAUUCCUAGCGUCAACCCUUGUCGGUUAGUAGCUUGUUCGUGCAGUCCGUUCGACCACCAUGUAGAAUUCAUGUGGCUGUUCAACGAUCGCCCUAAACGGUGUGGAUGCGGUCAUUGGUUUGAACUUUGCCCUGUUACAGCUAUAACACCGCCGCAUCAUGUAAAAUAA